AUUCUAUCUCUUGUUUGAGGUUUAACCUUUACAAAGAGAAUCCACGGUACUUAUCGAAAUAAAACAAACUCUUGACAGGUGUCUCACGAAAGAAAAAAUGGCAAAAUAUUUAAAUUAUGGAUUCUUUUUAAUAUUUUUUAUCCUAAAUUUAGCGGCCGCAGAACGAAUAAAAGAUAUGAUUUACAUGAAUUUUGAAGGAGUUGCUGCCUGUUUUCGUAGACAUAAUGGAACACAUCAAUUUGGAUGUUCUUCAAAUAGGUCAGGAAGUGUUGGCAUUAUUCAUUUAGUUGAAGGUGAAAGUGAUAUUAGGUGGCUUGAAUAUAAUGCAACUGCUGGAGAAUAUACUGUAGUUCUUACAUUUUCUAUGUUUACCAGAAAUACAUUACUUAGAUUAAGAAAUACACAUAAGAUAAAUGGAGUUUUAUUAGCUAGAAAUAUUAGUCAACCACGUCCUGAUUUUUAUUCUCCUGAAGAUACUUGUCCUAAUAGAUAUUCAGGAUAUAAAAAGUGCAAUGAUGCUUCUCCAUGGAAUCCUAGUGGAUCUUCAUUACUUAUGGAAGAUUGGCCUUUCCCAAUGUUUUAUACAGAGAAUCAAACAUUGAUAGAAGCUAUAAGAUCUUGUUUCUUGACACAUAAUGCAUAUGAUCUAAAAAAUCAAAAAUAUAGACCACUAUGUGCAUUAGAAAUGAAAUCAUUCAUGUUUGCUGCAAUUAAUUCUGAAUCUUGCAUUAAACGUAGUGAUUUUAAGUUAAAUUUCAAUCCAACACAAUUUUGUGAUCCAUUGGGAGAUAGAAAUAUAUAUUGGCCUUUAGCUCCCAUAAAUAAAGAUAACAAUUCCAUAAUAUUAGUAAUAGCCAGAUUAGAUGCUUCUUCUUUAUUUGAUGGAAUAUCACCUGGAGCAGAAAAUGUAGUUACAGGAUUAGUAACUCUACUUGCAACUGCUUAUUAUUUGAAUAUCUUAGCUAAAGAUAUUGUACUAAAUAACACUAAUGUUGUCUUUGCUUUAUUAAAUGGUGAAGCUUUUGACUAUAUAGGAUCUAGUAGACUAAUUUAUGAUUUGAAAGAAGGUAAUUUUAAUGCAUUAGGUGGAGUAAAUUUAAAAUUUGAUGAUAUUAAGAGUGUAAUUGAAUUUGGUCAGCUGACUAAAGGAAAAUUAUAUGUACAUUCUAAUAAUGCACAAAACGACGAAAUAAUAAAUAAAAUCAGUACAGUCUUACAUGCAGAUGUUAUGGAAAAUAGUGUUCCACCUACAUCUAUACAAAGUUUCUUAGAAGAAAAACCAAAUUUAACUGCCAUUGUUAUAAGCAAUCACGGUAAACAAUUUGAAAAUAAAUAUUAUAAUGGAAUUUUGGAUAAUGCAGAAAGUCUUAAUUUUAAUAGGAGCGGCAUAAAUGAGCUUGCAACUGUUUUAGCAAAAAUAGCAGUUGAUGUCGCUAAAAUUCUUUAUAAAAAAGUAUCUGGUAAUGAGCCUCCAUCCAUAGAUAAUUCUUCUGUUGAAUAUCAGAUUUCGGAAAUGUUGAUUUGUUACCUAGAAAGUGCUAACUGUCCUUUAUUUCAUGCUGUUUCACCUCCAAAUGCUAAAUUAAUUAAUCAAGUUUUAUCAUUAUAUGUUGGUGUACAUAGAGUACCGAAUACUGCCACUACAUUAACUGGUCAACUUCUUGCAUAUUUGACUAGAGAAGAAGUUCCACAUAUGACAGAAGCGACAUGUUACGAAAAUCAUCUUAUUUGGAUGGAUGAUUAUAAUUCUACAGGUUUAUGUAUAAAUUCUACUGUAAAUUAUAGUACAGCUAUGAGUCCUGCAUUUAUCAUUGAUGGAUACGAUAUGAAAUCAGGAGUUUAUUCAACAUGGACAGAAUCCAUAUGGCAAACUUUAAGUGUAAGAAUGUUUCUGAAACCUUCAGUAGCUACAGAACAACUUACUAUGAUUUUAGGAACUUCAGUAGCUAGUAUAUCAUUCGUCCUUGUAUGGUUUAUUAAUUCCCGGGCUGAUAUAUUGUUUAAUUCAAGAAAUUUGUUUUAGAAGAACUCUAAACUGUUAGGGAUACGCUGCGGACCACAUAUCAAUGGCCAGAUUGGAUCAUCG